AGGAUAAGAUAAAAAAAAAUUCCAUUGAAGCGGAGGCGCAGGAGGGGGGAAGGGGGAAAAGGUUUGCCGCAGAACCCACCCCAAGCCAUGGCUUUCUCUCUCCUCCCUCCUCUCUCUCUCUCCACCCUCUUUUCUUCUCCUCCCACUGCCUCUCCCUCCCCGAUAUUAUCGACCCCACUUUUCUCGCUCCCCUUCCCGCAACCCUUCAAUACCCACCACCAUCUCGCUACUUCAAACAAUUCGACGCUCUCCUCACCCUCCGUGCCUAUUGGCCAUGUUCCUCAUUUUUCUAGGCUCUCAUUUUCUUUUUCCAGCUUCAAUUACCGAAACGACGAUGACCAAUUUGGCGAACAAUCCGAUGGCGAAGAAGAGGAGGACGGCGACGGCGAUAUGGACACAUUAGAACACCACGAAGGUAGUAAGAGGGUUGAUAUGGAGGAAGGAAUUAGCUCUUCUGGUUUGCCUGAGAGAUGGGACGUUUUGGGUCUUGGCCAAGCUAUGGUAGAUUUCUCUGGGAUAGUUGAUGAGAGAUUUUUGGACAGUUUGGGUUUAGAGAAGGGUACAAGAAAGCUUGUGAAUCAUGAAGAGAGGGGUAGAGUACUGCGGGCAAUGGAUGGUUGCAGCUAUAAGGCUGCGGCUGGUGGAUCUCUUUCUAACAGCCUCGUGGCCUUGGCUAGGCUUGGUGCUCACCCCGUUGGCUCUCCUCCUCUGAAUGUAGCUAUGGCUGGUAGUGUUGGCAGCGAUCCACUUGGUAGCUUUUACAGGUCAAAACUGCGUCGGGCAAAUGUGAAUUUUCUUUCUCCUCCAGUAAAGAAUGGGACAACAGGGACCGUUAUAGUUCUCACCACACCAGAUGCCCAGCGUACCAUGCUUGCAUAUCAGGGUACAUCUUCCACUGUUACCUACGAUCCUUGCUUGGCUAGCUUAGUUUCCAAAACCAAUAUAUUAGUUGUUGAAGGGUACUUAUUCGAACUUCCUGACACAAUUAGAACAAUUACAAAAGCAUGCGAGGAUGCCCACAGAAAUAAUGCUUUGGUUGCUAUUACAGCGUCAGAUGUCUCCUGCAUCGAGAGACACUAUGAUGAUUUCUGGGAAAUCAUGGGAAACUACGCUGACAUAGUGUUUGCUAACAGCAAUGAAGCGAGAGCCUUCUGUCAUUUCUCCUCAAAUGACAGCGCUCUUUCAGCUACCAGGUACAUGAGCCAUUUUGUUCCCUUUGUCUCAGUUACAGAUGGGCCAAGAGGCUCUUACAUUGGAGUUAAAGGGGAAGCCGUCUAUAUCCCUCCUUCGCCGUGUGCGCCAGUUGACACUUGUGGUGCCGGGGAUGCUUACGCGUCUGGCAUUCUAUACGGUAUAUUGCGGGGUGUGUCAAAUGUUAAAGGUAUGGGCGCAUUAGCAUCUAGGGUUGCAUCCGUCGUCGUUGGACAGCAGGGCACCCGACUUCGGGUCCAAGCUGCUGCCGAGCUGGCAGAAUCAUUUUCAUUCCAGUUCAAGAGUUCCGAUGUUCGGUCGGAUGUGGGUUCAGAUCAGAUUUCUAGCUUGUAGCAUGCUGGAAUAGGUUGCGAUGUCAAUUCCGGCAAUUGUUGUAUUAGACUUAGUUUUUCUUUUCUUUUCUUUUUUUCUUUGCUUUGUAACUCUGUACAUUUCAUUCAUUGUAAAUUUAUGCUGAAAAGCUUCCCAUAAAGGGUUACAGGCUUAUUUGUUGUCUGUUGUCAUGAUAAAUUGGCAUUGUUAUGCAAAAUUACAAAUUUUAUA